AUCAACGGAUGCGUCCUUACUUGUGAUAAAUAAACUAACGCCACACACACACACACACACACACACACAAAAAGCCUGUUUAUUUGCUAUUGAGUCAACUGUUGAGUGCAUGCAUCUCGGUCUCGCUCUUUUCCCGCACAAGAUCGAUUUGGCUCCACUGUUUAGUAAGGAGUCGUCAGUCCUCGUUCACGCGCUUGUCAUUUUCAGUUUUCAGACCGCACCCCUGUGGGGUGAGACGCUUCGGUGCGCGCAUUCAAUAAAAGUAACCUAACUCGCGACUGCGCUUAAUUGCAUUAAUUUGUCCGUCUUGUCAAUCUUGGAUCAGUGACCAAUAGCAUCCUCGUGAGGAUGAGCUGAGGCUGAGGGGUUGAUAAAUCCCCAACCCACCCCCACCACCACCACCAUCCACCUCCUUCUCAGUUAGUACACGGCUACAGAAGAAGAAGAAGAAGAAGAAGAAGAAGAAGAAGAGGAAGAAGAAGAGGGGAGGGGGGGACUCAUCCCAGCUUCCUGAGGGGAGGUAAUUUGCACGGAUCAAGGGGCCAGGCGUUGCAAAGUAUAAAUAGUGUGACUUCAAUCGCGGCUCAGCGAGCAGCAGGUCUGUAACUCCCCGCGACGAGACUAGGAACCGGCCCAGAUCUACGAGCUGUCGAGCAGAGCACGAGCUCCGAGAGUUGGCAACCUGCAUCAGCUCGAGAGAAGAAGAAAAACAGAGAGACAGAAUAAGCGCCAUUGAUGUCUUAUCUUAGACUCUUGAGAAACUGAGCUUGAGAAAGUGAGAAGAGAAGAGAGGAGAAGAGAAGAGAAGACUGGCGGGGUUUAAUUUUCCUUCUUCUUCUUGGGACCAGUGAUGGAAGAACUCACCGCAUUCGUGUCCAAAUCCUUUGAUCAGAAAGUGAAAGAGAAGAAAGAGGCGAUCACGUACCGGGAAGUGCUGGAGACGGGCUCGGCGCGAGCCAGGGAAGCGCUCCCGGUUGAAGCAGGGCGCGAGGACGCGAGCAUUCUAGCGCGAGGAGCCGUCGCGCGCUCACCGGUCAGAGAAGCGGACAUGACGGGGCCGGAGAGGACGAGGGACACGGGGAGUCCCAAACUUACAGACGGCAUCCUGGACGUGAAAGAACGAAAAGAGGACGCCAAGCCGACAGAGGACGAGACGCAGACCAAAAUUAAGCAGAGGAGAAGUCGGACUAACUUUACUCUGGAGCAGCUGAACGAGUUGGAGAGGCUGUUCGACGAGACGCACUAUCCGGACGCGUUCAUGCGCGAGGAGCUGAGUCAGCGGCUCGGGCUCUCCGAAGCGCGCGUGCAGGUUUGGUUUCAAAACAGGAGAGCCAAGUGCAGAAAACAGGAGAACCAGUUACACAAAGGGGUGCUCAUCGGAGCUGCGAGUCAAUUUGAAGCGUGCCGCGUCGCGCCAUAUGUCAACGUGGGAGCUUUGCGCAUGCCAUUCCAACAGGAUAGUCAUUGCAACGUGCCACCCUUCUCCUUUCAGGUGCAGGCGCAGCUGCAGCUGGACAGCGCCGUGGCCCACGCGCACCAUCACCUGCACUCUCACCUGGCGGCGCAUGCGCCCUACAUGAUGUUCCCCGCGCCGCCGUUUGGCUUGCCCUUGGCCACGCUGGCGGCGGAGUCUGCUUCAGCGGCGUCGGUGGUGGCCGCAGCCGCCGCCGCCAAGAACAGCAACAAGAACUCGAGCAUCGCGGACCUGAGACUGAAGGCCAAAAAGCACGCGGCGGCGCUCGGGCUGUGACACGCCGGGGCGCGCGCGCACAGCUCCCACUCACAAUACUAGGACAUUAUUUAUACUCUCUUUAUGAAGGACACUCCAGAAUAAAGGCUUAUUUAUGACAUGAACAACACAAACUGUGAAACCGAACUGAAGCCUGUCACGGACGCAGGUUGCAACCAGGACGAACCGGAAGCGGAAACGUUUGUCCAAGAUAAAACUCGUUCCGAAUAUGUGAUAACGCAGCUGGGACGUUCGACUCUUGUGUGACAAAGCGAACACUUUCUGCGUAGUCUGCUGUUUUAAUAUCUACGUUAUUAGUUAUCUUUGAGGAAAAAAAAGAAAUAAGUUACAAAAAAAGAGGCUGGCCUCGUUUUAUCUGAAACAGAGUUUCUCGUGAAAAGGACACUUAUGGAUGUCUGUGCGCAAGGACUAUAACAAAAAAAAAAGAAAAGAAAAGAAAAGAAAAAUCACAUUAAAGCUUCUUUCUUCUAACGUGCCAUCACGUGAGCUCGGUGUCGCAGUGUGUUGUGACGUCAGCGCACUCACGUGAAAACAGUACCCAGGUCAGAUGGUGAACUUGGACACGUUGAACGCUCACCUGGACGAUUUUUUUGGGGGUUCUCGAGCCAGUGGACGUUUGGGAAAACUAAAAAAAAAAAAGAAAAGAAAAACUAUCACACAUUUUAAACACAUUUUUAUUAUUAUUAUUAUUAUUAUUAUUAUUAUUAUUAUUAUUAUUAUUGAGUGUAUGGUGAAUUUAAUCACAUAUCAGGUCUUUAUCCAAUACAGAGUGUCCACUUUUUGCAGCUUACAUCGAGGUCCAAGUAUUUAAUGUACAGAUUAGAUUCAGAUCUUUUACCAGGCGCAUUCUAAGUGGCCGAUGCGGUACGGGAACAUGUACAAUAUGUCCAAAUGGAAAGCUAUUUUGGUUAUUUUGUGCUUCAUGAAGACAUUGUGGGAACACUUCUUUGAUUUGCAUUCACACCGUGUUUAAAGUCAUGUGGAUCUCUAUGUAAUGUUGGUGGGUUUUUUUGUUGUUGUUUUUUUGUUUUGUUUGUUUUUUUUUUGUUUUUUGUUUUUUAUAAAGUGAACGUACCUCGACUGCAGGCUCGGAUCUCCUGGAAUAUCCCUGAAAUACCUUUUAACAUUUUUUUGUUAAAGGAAAACAAAAACAAAUUAUAAUUUCGUCAUUACUGUGAAACGUGAACUCACCUGACCACAGUGUUUUCAUUUCAUAAUAAAUCCACAAAACUUUUGUACAAGA